AUGAGCCCCGAGCCGGCACCCCAGCCUCCGGACCCUCAGGACGUGAGCUGCAGCCUCGAGGAGCCCCCGGCUGAGCGCCUGGAGCAGGGCUCCGCGGCCUUCCUCGCGGGCGACUACGAGGAGGCGGCCGAGCUCUUCCGCUCGCUGCUGGCCGGCCUGGCGCAGCCGGAGCGUGGCCUGUGCCUGCAGCUGGGGGACGCGCUGGCCCGCGCCGGCCGCCUCCCCGAGGCCAUCGGCGCCUUCCGCGGCGCCGCACUGCUCGGUCCCCUGCGGCCCGAGGAGCUGGCGGAGCUGGCGAGCGGCCUGGCGCGCUCCCUGGGCCUGCGCGACAAACGGCCGCCUGCGUUGCUGGCGAGGCCCGGCUACGCGUCUGGGUCCCCGGUGCCCGUGGCGCCCCGCGACCUGCUGGGCUGUCCGCGCUGCGGCCGGCUGCUCUACAAGCCGGUGACGCUGGCCAGCGGCAUCACGGUGUGCAAGCGCUGCGUGGAGCUGGUCCCCGGGCGGGGGCAGGCCCGGCGCGUGAACGUGGUGCUGAGCGGGGUGCUGGAGAGAUGCUUCCCCGCCGAAUGUCGCCUGCGCAAGCUGGCGUGCCAGGCGCGGGGGCUUCAGCGCCAGCAGCAGCCCGAGACCGCGCUGCUCAGGUGCCAGCAGGCCCUGGACAUGGCCCCCGAUGAUAACUCGCUUCUGCUGCUGCGAGCAGAGAUCUAUCUAACCAUGAAGAACUAUGAGCAAGCCCUGUGGGAUGCUGAAGCAGUUUGUCAGAGGGAGCCUCUCCUGACUAAGGGGCAUCAUAUAAAAGCUCAGAUUCUUUCUGGCUUGGGAAGAAGUAAAGAAGUCUUAAAGGAGUUUAUCUACUGCCUUGCUUUAAACCCCGAAUGCAGCUCAGCCAAGAAGGAAACACAGAAGGUAAUAUGUGAGGUGUUCUUUCCAGCUUCGGAAAAUGAGCAUCAGAAUUCAACAGCUCCCACCGAAAGCGGACCAGAGGCCCAUUGUGAUGAGGAGACAAAUCCCCAGCAUCCUCUGGAAGAAGGCAGUGACACUAAGGACACAGGCAGUCCUGAGACUCCAUCUGAGAAGUCUGAUGUAGUCGGGAAUGCCAGUUCUUCGGUUCUGUAUUUCAUUCUGGGCCUACACUAUGAAGAGGACAAAAAGGCUUUGGAAAGCGUCAUCCCCGCAGCACCGAGUGGCACUUUAAAGAGACAGCUCCCAAGUGAUACCGAAGAUGAAUGUGACAGGAACACUCCUGAGAAAGUUCCCAAGAAAGAUGCGGAUUCCUCACCUCAGGAGAAGGUGAACUCUCUGGAAGAGCCAGAGUUCACAAUUGACGUAACUGACUUUGAGUGUGCUCUGUGCAUGAGGUUGCUCUUUGAGCCUGUCACUACACCCUGCGGACAUACAUUUUGCCUGAAAUGCCUUGAGCGCUGCCUUGACCAUGCUCCACACUGUCCACUGUGCAAGGACAAGCUUUCUGAGUUGUUGGCAACCCGAAAUUUUAAUGUAACUGUUCUGGCUGAAGAAUUGAUAUUCCGAUACUUACCAGAGGAGCUGUCUGAUAGGAAGAGGAUUUAUGAUGAAGAAAUGUCAGAACUAUCACACCUGACCAGAGACGUGCCCAUCUUCGUGUGUGCCAUGGCCUUCCCGACGGUCCCCUGCCCUCUCCAUGUCUUUGAGCCCCGCUAUCGGCUCAUGAUAAGAAGAUGCAUGGAAACUGGCACCAAGCGAUUUGGCAUGUGUCUAUCUGCCGAGAACGCAGGGAUUUCAGAGUACGGCUGCAUGCUGGAGAUAAAGGAUGUCAGAACCUUUCCCGAUGGAAGCUCCGUUGUGGAUGCAGUCGGCAUUAGCCGCUUCAAAGUCCUGAACCACCGCCACAGAGACGGCUAUAACACGGCAGACAUCGAGUACCUGGAAGAUGAGAAGGUGGAAGGUCCGGAGUAUGAAGAACUUGCCGCCCUGCACGAGUCGGUGUACCAGCAGUCUGUUUCCUGGUUCGCCUCUCUCCAGGAUCACAUGAAAAAACAAAUCCUCAGCCAUUUUGGGUCGAUGCCAGACAGGGAGCCUGAGCCGCAGAGUAAUUCCAGUGGCCCUGCCUGGUCCUGGUGGAUUCUGGCGGUGUUGCCUUUGGAGCGCAAGGCCCAGCUGGCCAUUCUCGGCAUGGCCUCCUUGAAAGAGCGUCUGCUUGCCAUCCGACGGAUAUUAGUCAUCAUCACACGUAAGAUGAAUAGUCGCCAGGAGCUGGCUAACAACACAGAGAGAGAUAAUUGAAUUUCCUCUACCGUAAGGUUGCUGGAAACCCCUGUGUUUUUAUGAGUUCCAGGCAGGGACAAAUUCCCAUCAUCUUUACUGCUCUUUGUAAAAAUGCUUGUUGUUCAUAAGGUGAUAAAUGGGACAUUGGUCAAAUACCGAUUUUCUCACACGUUAGAAGUAUGGCUGUUGGACUCUGACACUGUUCAAGAGUAGCCCGAAGUUCCAGUGGAAGGGGCAGUUGGGAACCCCAUGAGAAAAUCUCUUCAAACCAGAUGUUUCAAGAGUCCAGCUCACACCAGCAUGGGACGCACAUAUGGUUGACAUGUGACUUAGGUGUCGAACGUGAUUACAUUCCUAGUCAGUAUCUUGACAUGAUAGAUGGAAAACGUGUGUGCCAGUGGCUAGGCAGCAAGUGAGAACCACGUUUUCAAGUGGAAACAGAUCUAUUAGAAUACAAGCAAGCCAAAAAAAAAAAAAAAAAAAAUGGACUUGGGCUCUGUGUGUUGCUGUGAACCUGUUUGCAAAACUUAAUGAAUUGAAUCAUUGUCCAGUCCUUACCCAAGAAGUCAUAAUUACUGGACAGAGCUAUGUUUGUGUUUCAUGUCCUGCUAUAAUUCCAGGUGUUGUAAAUUGCAUGUUGUAAUUAAAUGAACGUGGAAAUACAAUAUGUAUCUUGCGCAUAGAAAAGAUUGAGAAUAGCGGUUAUUUUGAGACUAUAUAUUUAUAAACACUCCAAAAGAGUAAUCAAAAAUGAGUUAAAACUGUAUGUGCAUUGGGAUGUCAAACACACAGCCAAACUUGUUUUUUAAGUAAAGUUUUAUGUGUAUUCAACUGGGAAUUUUCUGUCAGGUAAUGUAGGUGUAAUUCCUGACCUCCAGUGCAUGUUGGGAAUAAGGAUGGGAAUACCCAGACAUUGCUGCUGUCCUGAACAGCUUGUCCAGACAUCAGCUGCUCAGUCUAUAAGGUGAGAAUCCUGACAGACAAGACCCUGCUGAGCAAACCCCAGGGACGAGUUCUCCUUUAUUCCUUCAAGGUGUGGGGUUUUAGUUUAGAAGUACAUUUGAUGAUACAAAAUGUUGACGGCUUAUCAACCCAUCAAGCAUUUUAUUAGGAAGGUCUUAUGAUCACAAUGAUAAUGUAUUUUAUUGUUCUUUCCAGUCACUGAAACUCAGCUUCACCAUAGGACUUAGAAUACAAUACCCAUCUCAUUUACUGUGAAUCUUCAAUGUCAUCUUGAAAGAUGCUUUUUAAAAGCCCUUUGGGCGAGCAAUUUCGUGCAUUAGCCAUUCAACUCUCUUUGGCAUUUAUGACAUCAGCUCAGCCACAUAAAACAAAACUGCAACCCCGGUGGCAGAAAUCCUUUACUAGAAUUUACUCGUGAAAAUAGAGUUUGACGUAUUCUCUUGCUUUAUUUGGGAAAAAAAAAUAGGAAGUUGUAUUGUUACUGUCUCCCUCCAGAAGUGUCCAGCCAGUGUGAUGGUGGCGUCUCCAGUGUCUGUGCUGAGUGAGUGUUUGGAAGGCUCUGCUCUCGCCCCUGGCUUGUCACAUGUUGUAACUGCUCGAGUUCUUGGCCUCAGCCAUUGUGUUGUUUGUCCUGAGUCUGUCUGCCUCUCUAGAGUCUUCUCACCCCCCAGUGUUCUUGUGGGAAAGCCCAGCCACAGUGAUGAGAAGAAGAAAGACCCAAGUGUUCGGGGUUUCAAUACCAAAGGGAAUGUGGUCUGAUUGCCCCGCCCACCCCAGCCUCCACAUCACACCUCCACCCACUGCACAGUAGCAGACCAGGACUCCCUGAAGGCUUUGCGGGGGAACCUGCUUGUCACAAUAGUUCCAUGGCACAAAAUAAUGAAGUUAGAGUGCCACGGUGGCGCUCAACCAAGCUGGAGACGUUCUCUCUGAAUUGUACUUGGGUCUUGAUUUAUAAACGAGUGAAUGAUGGAUGCCAUUGAGAGAAAAGCUUAUUGUUCCGGGUUCUCUACAAAGGAGAGGCCCAUUGCCUAGGAUUGUGUGGGGAAGCGCUAAAGUCGGGCUGGGAGUGGAGGUGGUACUCGGGUUCUGUUACGUGGGCUUCAGUUUUAUCAAUGACGAUGUGUAACAGCAUCAGGCAGCAGAAGAGCCCUCCACUAGACGUGCAAAGCCCUGUUUCCAGAAUUAUAGUCAGAACUGCAGACAACUCUAAAGCUCAUGAGUUAGCUGUGUAGCUGUCUAAAAAGUCUCCUGAUUUGUUCUUGUCCCUGGGGCAAACUUGAGCAAGCUCUUUGGCCUGAGCCAGUUCGGAAUUUAGAGUUCUGUUCUCGGUUGUUCAAAGCGGGUUGCAGCAGCAAAGCACACACUUAGCCUGAUGGUUUCUCUCUGAGUUGCUGACAUAAUAUUUGUGGACAGAAAGUGCCCGCUCCGGAUAGGCCAAGUGCACAGCACACAGUGGUCCUCAGCUCUCCCCACUCACUUCUUGCCUAAAAACCCCUGAUUCCUGAUGGUUAUGCUCACGAGCAAAUGACAUGAAAGGCCUAGUGUAAUUUGGAAGUUGGAUAGCUGGGGUUGAUCACGAGGCCAGCUUCAUCUGGCCAAAAGCUGCUCAUCCUGAUUUCAAGGCCAGGGCUCAUGCUGAGUUCCUGUGAAAGUGAAGGAAAGUUAAAGGACUUGGAACUUGUCAUAUCCCACAAAACCCAAAAGGACUUUUGCUUGUCUCUGCUGUAAGCCAAAGCAAACUACAGUAGUUUUUAAUUCUCCCUGGUGAGGAAGGAAUUCCUUCAGCCAUCAGAUUGCUCCCUCCCUAGUGGAGAUAGUCUUGCCUUCCACCCGGAUGCUUUUCCAUUGGCUCCUCUUGGCAUUCUGUGAAUCGCUCUAAGUGGUAACCUGAGUCAUUUUCAGAGCCCUCUUUAGGGGAGAGCGUAUGGACAGACCAGCUGCACACACACUGCGGUCGCAGGGCAGCCAGGCCCCAUUGCAGUACUUGGAAAAGAAGGCACGAUUUUAGUAGACCAUGUGCUGCAUUCCAGGUGUGCGGGGUGGCUUUCCCAAGAAAAGUCAAACAGUAAUGACUUUCUCUGUGCGCUUGUUUGAAUGAGAAACGCAACCCCCACCCCCCACCCCCAUAGACACUAGCAUUUGAACACGUGAUCUGCACUUGGUGCCGCUAUCUGGCCAAUGGUACGGAGCCUUGCUGGAGGAUGCAUGUCACUGGGGGUGGACUUUGAGACUGUAUAGCUUUGCCCCACUUCUGAUGUGCUCAUUUGUAACUGAAGAUGUGAGCACUCCCCUUCCUGCUCUGGCCACUUGUUGCCAUGACUCCCUCACCAUAUGGACUCGCCCCCCCUGGAACCAUAAGCCCAAAGGAACCCUUUCUUCUGUCGGUUGCCUUGGUCAUAGUGUUUAUCAGAGCAGCGGGAAAGGAAAUAAUGCACCCUCACAACUGGAAUAUGAACUAAAGCUGGACGAAGAUUGAGUACUGUGAACUGUUUGGAAAGCCUUGGGACUUUAGACAAUAGGGUCUUAGGGUUUGAAGCUACAGGAAAGCUAGCUAUCACGGUGUUUUCCUAACUAUUCCCAGAUCUCCGUCCUCACCCACUUAGUUCUCUCCUGGUUGGACGUGAGUGUUAUGGGGGACUGUUAUACACAAUUGGAGGUUGCUGCUUUGUCUCCUAUAAUGGGGAGAGCCCUUACUUUCCUUGGGUGAGGUUCAGUCUGUUUGGACUUCUGCAGAUUCCUCGCUUUUACUCUUCCUAUGGCAAAAGAAAGCACUCCUAAACACUGAGAAAAAAAAAAAACCCAUCAGAUGUGAGAGACCUGAGAUCCGAGCAUACCAACUUCUGCCUAUAGAGACCCACGGUUCUUUCGGGGAAGUCAGGAAACGCGGAUUGUUUUACCUUCUGGAUAAAAACACAUGUGUCUCGAAGAGUAAGUCUUGCCCUCACAAGUUCACUGACACAGCCUCAUCAAAAUAGGGCAUCUUCUUCCAAACUUGGCCCCACGGUCAACCAGACAGAGUCAGACAUGGAACCUGUAACUUGAGUCCUCCACCUUAAAAAUGACCUUUUUACUCCAGGGACCUACUGACUCAUUGAUUUAGAGCUUUGUGGUAUUAAAUGCCUCUAGUAUCCACCAAGCAUGGUACAGGAUGCUCUGCUGGAUAGUCUUAUGUCAACUGGACACGAGCUAGAGUUAUAUGAAAGGAGGGAAGCUCCGUUGAGAAAAUGCUCCUGUAAGAUCCAGCUGUAGAGUAUUUUCUUAAUUAGUGAUCAAUGGGGGAGGGCCCAGCCCAUUGUGGGUGGUGCCAUCCCUGGGCUCUGGUCCUGGGUGAUAUAAGAAAGGCUGAGCAACUGCCCUGACUUCCUUUGUUGAUGAACCGGCUGUGGAAGUGUAAACCAAAUACACCCUUUCCUCCCCAGCUUGCUUUUGGUCAUACUGUUUCAUCGCGGCAAUAGAAACCCAAACUAAGAUGCCUUGUUUCUUUUCCCUCCUGUUUGCUCAAGGGUAUUAAUAGGGAAUAUUGUGUUGGAAAAUCUCAUAGAGCCCCAUUAAUGUUGAUUAUUCUUCCUUGUAGACUGCCUGUAGGGAGAAAACAGUCUGGUGCAAAGGAGAGAGGAUGAUUGGCAGGUUGAUGUAAAAGGGGGAAGGGUGUCUGUGCCGCCUGCAGCAAAGGCAGACACCUACCCAGAAGUAGGGAAUUGCUCAUUCUGUGAGCUUUCAUCUUUGGUUUAAAUAAGAACAGGAAAGUCACUCUGACUUGGGACUGACCCUGUAAUUCUAGCUGAGAAGACGUGGGCUUGAGUCCACUGAAAGAUCUACUGCCGUGCCCAGGUGUCUGUCUGUCUCUUAACUGCUAGUUCAGGACCCGAGUGAUUUACAGGUAAAGCUGUUAAUGCCCUUUCAUUCCCCACAAGAAACAACCUUGAUUCAUUUUUAGCUCAGAAUGCUCUAUGUGGUGGUAUUUUACUUGUACUGAAGUGUGAUUUUAAUUGUAUGUUAAUAAAUAAAGUUGCCUGGAGGUCAGAGCUAUUAGAGCCAUAGCAAGAGCAUGGCGGUGGUGGCACACGCCUUUAAUCCUAGCACUUGGUAGACAGAGCUAGGUAGAUCUCUGUGUGUUCAAGGAUACAGCCAGCAUUGGAGACACACGUCUUUAAUCUCAAUACCAUAGAGGACCUGGAGGGCUGUACAUAUAGGCAGUGAUGAGGCAGUCAUGUGUUUGGGUUUACAACCAAUGAGAAGGCAGAACAGCUAGACUAUAUAAAGACAUACACACAGGAAGUAGGCCCUUUCAGAGAGCUCUCUUGCCUGAAGCAGGAAGGGUAAGGCUCUUAGUUCUGACCUCUUGGCUUUCUUCUCUGAAUCGGCUCUGUGUUUCUUAUUUAAUAAGACGGUUGGUUACAUCUACAGCUCUAUGGUGUUUGAGGGAAUCUGUAGUCUGAAACUGACUCAUUCCUUUCUGUGCCUGCAAGCUAGUUUUCUGUGGGAAAGCUCCAGGGGAGAAGUUUCAAAGGCUUUCAGUCCUCAUGGCCUUCCUCUUGGAGAGGUUUUGAUGAAAUGGUUUUUUAAUAUUCUUGGAUUCUAUUUCGUUCAGUCUUUGUCAGGUCCCAGAGUCAAGAGAAUAUGGCGUUCGCAGCUAGGUAUCUUGAAUCUUUGCUUUUGUCAAGUUGAGUUGAGGUCUCUGUUGUUUACAGCACUGUUUUGACUUUAGUAGUGUUUUACUGUGUACAGGCUGUCCCUGGACCACCUUACCUCUCAUACAUCUCGUACCCCGACACACUAUUUCCCACUGAGCUUUGGAGAAAGUAGUUAAUAGGUUGGAAAGCUGCAUAUUCACAACUCAUCCAUUUCUACUACGAGAUGUUAGCAACUGAUUUUGUACUUGUGAAAUGAUUGUUACCAAUUAAGAAUUGUGUGGAAUUUUUUUUUUUUUAUUUAGAGCAGGUUUGAACAAGUUUAGCCCAUAUCAAUGAAUGUCAAGAUUUUUGCCGCUUUAGAGAUCAGUAGUGAUAUAUCCAUAUACUGUGGGGUGUUCACCAGAUUCGCUUUUGUUUCUUGUUUGAGAUGGGGAGGGGGGGAGACAUUAGCACCAACAUUUGCCCAUUUGUUGUUUCUUCCACAAGGCCAAUUUAAAUGUUGCAAUGUUUACCUCAUUGUAUUCUUUGCCUGUUCAUUUUAAUUAACUGAAAUUGUGUAUCUAAUAUGUGAUUGUUGGGGUAGAUGAAACGUACAGUGUUGUAAAUGUUCAUUAAUAAAUAAUCCCUCCAAGAUAA